AUUUUUUAUUAAUGUCGGCUUCAUAAUUCAAUUAAAUAGUAUAAACAAUGUGGGGCAAGUCGGGACAAGAUACCUAUAAUAAUUUUGAAAAAAAAAUAUAAAAUUUCCAUAAUCGAAAUUUAUUAGUUUGAUGUAAUUUACAAGUUCCCUCUUUAAAAAAAAUUUUUUUCAAAUUUUGUAAAUAAAUUUUUAGAGGAAGACCAUUUACCCAGAAAUAUAAAUCUAUUUUGUCACAUAAAUUGAGACAGAUAAUCAAUGUUUCAUUCAAUGCUGGUAAAAUAACAGGAUGUAGUUAUUUAAAAAAUUUUUUUUUUCACACAAAUUUAUUAUUUGUAAUUUUUUUGAGAAAGUUCGUCGUGCCCAGGUCUCCUAUAUUUGAAAUAAUGAAAAUAGUGACUAUUCACUGCCAAAUAGUGAUUGUCACGUGAUUUUUACUUAUUCGUCUUCAGAGAAUGAAAAAAAUUUUUUUUCCUUAAUUAUGAUGAUUUUAUUUAAAACAGCUUGUACCCGGUGAUUAAAGGCCACGAUAAAUAAAUUUCGGCUUAUGGGGCCCGGUUUCCCCUACACUAAAAUAAAUAUAUAGGAAACGACAAGUUAACAUGCGUAAGAUUAAUUCUGAUUGUUCUUAAAUCAACUCUUAAUAAUCCAUAAUAGUGGGAACAUAGAUGAAAAGAGUUACAAUAUCUCACAGCAAGUCACAACAUAAAAUUAACCGUGAGUCUGUCUCUGCAGCACCUUUUUCUUUUAGGGGAAUUCCCCCAAAGGUAUCGAUAAGUAUCCGUAGGUGUAUACAGAAAAAAAAAAAGAAUUUUUUUGCGCAAGAAAUUUUUCGUUUUUAAUUCACAGUGAAAAAAAUUUUCUUGAAACGAGUAAAAGUUUUUUGUGCCAAAAAAUCCUUUUUUUCUGUGUAAGAAUAAGUCAGAAAAUUCUAAUUUGUUGAGAUAAAAAUUUUAAUGCGGCCUGAGAUAAGAUAGUGCAGCUCACAACACAAAAUUGGCCACCUGAGGGUCGAAAUUGUACCAACUUUUUUUUUGAGAUUCGUUGACUUUAAAUGGAUUUUAUAUCAUAUAUAGCAGUGAAAAUAAGUUAAUAUGCAUUAAUAUAAAUAUAUGAAAUUCGACACGUGUUUGAAACAUGAAUCGUAAUUUUUAAAAUUAAUUGACGUGAUAACACGUCACGAAUAUAAUGAACAAACUUAAAAGGAAUAAAAAUAAUAUAAUAAGGGAAUAAAAAUUUUGUUAUUAUUUGUAUUGAAAAAAGUGAAGACGGGAAUAAAAUGUAAUAAAAAAAUAAGAUUUUACGAUUCAUCCACUCGAUGACACUUGAAAAGGAUUCAAUCCAAUGGCAAACAUUAUUCGCGGAGAUCGAUUUCAUGCUUCAAGAACCUCAAGACUUUUUCUAUAUCUACUUGUAUCCUUUUUAAGUUUAAACUACAGGUUAAAAAAGUCAAAAAAUUAUUACACGUCAGCUAAUUUGAAUCUCAAAGAAUUUCUUUAAGUGUUGAAACUUCGCACCAGAGUGAAUGCGGAUUGAAAAAAAAAUCUACUAAAAAAAUAUGCCUAUUCUUUCUGUAUGAAGUGGAUUCGGUUUGAGAAAAAAUCCGAAUAUACUGAAAAUUUUUUUCAAAGUACAAACUUUUGUUCAAACAAACAAAUUUGUGUUCAAUAAAUAAAUAAAGUAAUUAAACAAAAAGUUAUUCAAGCUACAUAUAUUUAAAAAGUUUAAUUGGACGUAUAAAUUUAUCAAGAUUUAACAGCAAGCCCUUAAGGCAAUCAACUAAUUACAAUUUAAAAGUUACUAAAUUAACAAAAUUUAUAUUUUAAAUAAUUUAUGUGUUGAAAAGUUUAAAAAAAUAAAUAAGAUAAUACGCGGGAAAAAAGUAGAUUGAAGAUGAUUAAAAAAUAAUAAAGAUAGUUGACUUUUGAUUUGUAUCGAAGGGGCACCUGUAGCAUCAGUCAAUGGAUUCAAAACUUUUAAAAGAGGGGUUUCCAGCUAAGAGUUUCAGGGGUGAUUCAAGUGUAUGUAUAUGAGGGCAGUGGAACUAGAGAGGAGAUGGAAGUAGACUCGAUUGGUCGAGUAUCGUGUGGUGGGUUUCGGGUUCAAGUAAACGAGGGGUUGAAGGGGAUGAUGAAUCGGUGGUUGCCGGCAAGAGUCUCGGGCUUAUAUAAAAGCUUCAAACGCUCUUGUCCUGCAUAUUGGUUCCUGACUUCAUCAGUGUGUCAUCGAGUCCUUUGACAUUUCUUCAGUUAUUUUAAGUUUUCAUCAACCUCAGUAUUACAGAAAAACUAAACCAAAACCCAGACAAAAUGCAGAAACAAUUAACACUUGCAUUGUUAAUUAUAGCCGCCGUAACUGUACUAACAGUUAUCGAUUCAAUUGAUGCUGCACCUUUUCCUCCAGAACGGCAACUUUAUUUGGAACAACUAGAAGAUGACCCACAAGCAUUUUAUGAAUUAAUUGCACAAUAUUACAAACUUAAAGAAUUGGAAAACAAACGCGCUUAUGGGCUCGAUUUUGGACUAAGUCGGGGAUUUAGUGGUUCACAGACCGCUAAACAUUUGAUGGGUAUGGCUGCUGCCAAUUAUGCCGGUGGUCCUGGACGAAGGCGUCGAUCAGAACAAGCGUAAAUUUAAAAUAAAUAUAUCCUCAAUAUGAAAAGAAUUUAAACCUUUACAAUUAAAUUAUUUAAAAAUUUAAACAAGCAACAAACCAAUGCUUCAUUGCACUCUACGAAAAAAAAAAAAUAUAAGAAUAGAGAAACAAAAAUACCUCAUUUUAGUUUUUUUGUUAUAUACCGUUUUUUAAGUUUCAAUUAUUUUAUGAGCACUCUAGUAAUUAAAAAAAUUGUGCAAUUUAAUUUUAUUUAUUUAUUACUUAGUAUUAAAUUAUUAAAUUAUGUAAUUAAUAUUGCAGAAAAAUUUUGAUGUCAAAAUAUAUAUUUAUUAGAAAAAUUUAUUAGAGAUAAAUCAAAAAUGAAUAGCACACUAAUAUUUAAUCAAAAAUAAUGCACAUAAAUUUAAAAUUAAAUAAUUUCAUUGUUAUUAAUUAAAUAAAAAAAAUUUAUUUAUUUUAUUUUAUUUAUUAAAAAAAUGCACAAAAAAAAUUUAUGCUGUAAAAAAUCGGGAGUGAAUUUGGCGUGAUUACGAAUUUUAUUUAAAUUCGAAUUCCCGAGUGAAAACGGAAUUUGGCCACACCACCGCCGAAGCACCGCUGCACCAUAGCCGCGACUGUUCAAGUAAAAGUGGGUUUGCUGCACUACCGCCGUACUUAAUCUAUGAUAUAUAUUUAAAUUUACAUCGCCGCACCACCGCUGCACUACAGCUAUGACAUAUCAUUGUCAUAGCCAUAUAUACACACACCCAUACAUAUAUAUAUAUAUGCAGUGGUGCUUCGGCUGUGGUGCGGCAGUGCUGGAAGAUUUUUUCGAAGCGUGCGGCGGAAUUUUCCGCCAAAUGGCGGUGGUGCAGCGGUGGUGCGGCGAUUAACUUAAAAUCAAUUUUUUGUCAAAAAAUUAGAAUUUCAUUUUUACUCGGGAAUUCACUCCGUCAUUCGAAGUUUCGGAGUUUUUCUAGCGGAGUGAUUUCAGAGUGAUCUUGAUUUUAUUUAAAUCCGCAUUCACUCCGAUUCGGAGUUUUAAUAUUAAAAUAAACUCCCCUUCGAAGUGAAUUUUACUCCAAAGAAAUUAAAUAAAUACUCAGUCAUCCGCUCUGCAUUUACUCUGCAUUUAAUCUGCGAUCACUCCACAAAUUUUUUACAGUGUAUUUAUAUUUUAUUACUUAAUUAUAUAAUUAUUAUUAAUCAAUUUUAUUUAGUCAGCAAAGCAAACAGUAUUAUUGUUAAUUUUGUGUUGUUUUUUCUAUAAAAUAAUAUUUUUUUUAAACUUAUACCUGAUCUCUGUUUUUAAACUCAUUUACACGUAAACUAUCAGAGACACAUAAAAAAAUAUAAAUACCUUAU